GUUAAGCUGGAACUUUUUUCGACAGAGAAAAUAUAUCGACUUCUCGAGAUACAGUAACAUCUCGUCGAAAACUACAUCAACAAAGUGGUGCUUUGGCAAAGAAGAGGGGCAUAUCAAAAAGUGCAAUAUCUCUAUGGACCAAUCACCCCCAUUGUGUGAAGUGCAUGAUGAUUCUCCGAUAGAGGAGGUGAGGCUCACGGUUCCGACGACCGACAACAAGGAUUUGCCGGUGCUUACGCUCAGAACAUGGGUCCUGGGCAUCAGUUCAUGUGCCCUUAUAGCCUUUCUCAAUGAAUUCUUCAAUUAUCGCCAGAAUCAGAUCGGGUUAGACCCAAACUUGCCACAACUAGGCCUCCUUGCGCUCGGAAGAUUGAUGGCCGCGACCCUCCCCGCAAAAUCCUUGAGAAUCCCGUGGACCGGAUGGAAGGUUUCGCUAAAUCCCGGGCCCUUCAAUAUCAAAGAGCACGCGCUCGUCAUGAUUCUAGCUUCGUCGGGUUCUUGGAUCCCUUAUGCCAGUGAGGUGGUACCUCAAAUGAAAGCGUUCUACCACAGGGAGAUUAAUCCCUGGGCUGCUCUCCUGUUGAUACAAACAUCUCAGGUGAUGGGUUAUGGGUUUGCUGGUGUGUUUAUGAAGUUUCUCGUGGACUCUCCGUACAUGUGGUGGCCUUCGACUUUAGUUGAUGUUUCUACCUACAGGGCGUUUCAUGAGGUAGAAGUGAGACAAAAGGGAGGCCUAACUAAAAUUCAGUUCUUCACGAUUGUCGCCGUCUCGAGCUUUGCUUACUAUGUUGUUCCCAACUACUUCUUCCCCUCGAUCACGGCCCUAUCAUUCGCCUGCUGGAUUUGGAAGAGCUCAAUCACGGCGCAACAGAUUGGGUCAGGCUUUUCUGGUCUUGGGGUUGGCUCGAUCGGGCUUGACUGGUCGACCAUCUCUGCGAUCGGCAAUCCCAUGGCCAGUCCAGCAUUCGCAACAUUUAACACGCUCGCUGGGUUCGUUCUCGCGGUUUACGUAGUAACUCCCCUCGUUUACUGGAGGAAUGCAUACAAUGCAAGAAGAUUUCCUAUUUUCAGCGCGGGGACAUUCGACGAGACCGGUGGGAAAUACAACAUUUCAAGGGUGCUGGACAGCAAAAGAUUUGAGCUGGAUAAGAGUGCAUAUGAAGAAUACUCACCAUUGUACAUGAGUGCAUUCCUGGUGGUUUCCUAUGGUUUUUGUUUUGCGGCGAUAACAGCUACUCUAGUCCAUGUGGCUCUUUACAACGGGAGGUCGAUAUGGCGACAGUACAAACAAGCAAGUUCGAGUUCAAGUAGAUCGGAUGACAUUCACACUCGAUUGAUGAAGAACAACUACAAGUCCAUCCCGCAAUCGUGGUUUAUCGUCCUACUGUUAAUGAUGCUUGGUUUAUCAAUACUAACAGUUGAAGGAUUCGGGAAACAAUUCCAACUUCCUUUUGUGGGGAUCCUGUUGGCAUGCGCCAUGGUUUUUAUUCUCCUCCUACCUUUCGGGGUUCUCGAGGCUACAACAAGCAUGGGUAUAGAUCUAGCUCUUAUUUCAGAAAUGACUAGUGGGUACUUGUAUCCUGGAAAGCCCCUGGCAACAUUUGCAUUCAAAUCCUAUGCUACGAGUUGCAUGGGACUUGCACUAAAUUUCCUAAAAUCUUUCAAGUUUGGCCACUACAUGAAGAUCCCUCCGAGGUCAAUGUUCAUCGUCCAGAUUGUCGGCACGGUGAUCGCAAGCUCGGUAGACUUUGCGACAGCAUGGUGGCUCCUUUCAACAGUCGAUGGCAUUUGCGACCUCGAUAAGCUUCCAGUGGGGAGCCCCUGGACGUGCCCGGGCCAAACAGCAAUCAACAGCAGCAUCAACAUUUGGGCUGUGAUUGGACCGGCACGCAUCUUCGGAUCCCUAAGCGCUUACUCAAGCCUCUACUACUACUUCCUCUAUGGUGCCUCCGCGACGGUCUUGGUUUGGAUCAUCUCGCGCGUAUUUCCUAAAAAAGAAUGGAUCAGGCAAGUCAAUGUUCCGCUGAUUUUUGCAGCGUCCACGCAGAUGCCGUUCGCGAAGCCUGUGCACUACUGGUCAUGGUUUAUCGUCGCGUUUUUCUUCAACUAUGUGGUGUAUAGGAGGUGGAGAGCGUGGUGGAGUAGAUACAACUACCUGUUGUCGAGCGCGCUCACCUGCGGCGUUGCAUUAAUGGCCUUGCUGGGGAGUAUUUUCCAGUUCAAUGGCAUCAACGGGAUCGGCUGGUGGGGGCAAGCUGUGAGUGAUCAUUGCCCCUUAGCUAUUUGCCCCACAGCUCCAGGAAUUGAAGCUAAAGGUUGCCCCCUUCUGCAUUAAGAUUCGCCGCGCGGAUUAUAUUAUAUUUUACGGUCAAAAUUCUGUGAACUAAUCCAAACAACUAAUCUUCUCAUUCAACUUCAUUUAUGUAUGAGAAUGUACAUGAUCGUCCUCAUUGUGAGACUGU